AUGGACAAGGUGUUUAACGGUCAGAUCGGCAGUAACAUCGAGAUAUAUGUGGACGAUAUGGUGGUGAAGUCCAAUUCUCUGGCCGAACACUUAACCGACCUGACCGAAAUCUUCGGCGAACUCCGGAAGCACAACAUGAGACUCAACCCCGAGAAGUGUACCUUCGGGGUCAAGGGAGGCAAAUUCCUAGGUUUUAUGCUGUCGAUGAGAGGCAUAGAAGUGAACCGAGACAAAUGUCAGGCCGUGUUGAGCUUGCGAAGCCCGAGCAACCAAAAGGAAUUGCAACGCCUCUCUGGAAGAUUGGUCGCCUUAUCCCGAUUCCUCCCACAGUUAGGCGACAAAAUUAGCCCGAUGACAAAACUCCUGCGGAAAGCGUCGAUCUUUUCGUGGGACGAACACUGCGAAGCAGCCUUCGCAGCUUUGAAGACGACCUUGGCGACACCUCCGACCCUUACGAAGCCUGAUCCUCUGUGCCCGAUACUUGUAUAUUUGGCCAUGUCCGAGGAGGCUAUCAGCUCGGUUCUGGUGCAAGAAAAAGAAGGCAACCAAGCUCCUGUAUAUUUUGUCAGCCGACUACUACAAGAUUCAGAAACCCGGUACCAGUUGAUAGAAAAAGUGGCACUCGGUCUAGUACACACGUCCCGACGCCUACGCCAUUACUUCCAAAGCCACCGAAUUGUUGUACACACCGACUGUCCCGUCGCUAAGGUGUUAAGCAAACCAGAACUCGCCGGAAGAAUGAUGGCCUGGUCAAUGGAACUCUCGCAAUUCGACAUCACCUUCAAACCGAGGGGACCGAUCAAGGCUCAGUGUUUGGCCGACUUCAUAAAUGAACUUCACCCACAGGGCCAAUUCGAGGAACAAUGGUGGACCCUCCAUGUGGACGGAUCCUCAAACAGCCAGGGGAGCGGGGCAGGAAUCAUCUUAGAAGGACCGAGAGGGAUAACGUUGGAACAAUCCUUGCGCUUCCAAUUCAAAGCCUCGAACAACCAAGCUGAAUACGAAGCUUUAUUAGCAGGAUUAAGGCUGGCCGAGGAUAUGGGUGCAUCAAGAGUCAAGUGCCGGACCGAUUCCAAAGUGUGGUCGAGAGGUGUUGGUCGAGCACAUCCCGUGCGAAGACAACACUCGUGCCGACCAGUUGGCUCGGCUGGCCGCGACCAAAAACCGGGACAUCUGCAAACGAUCAUUCAACAAGAGAUCGACCGCCCUAGUGUCGAUGCAGAAGUGGUGGCAAAUGUCAAUUCCGACCGUGCCGACCAGGACGACUCCCAAGACUGGCGAUCCGAAAUCAGAGAGUUUAUCAUAAGCGGAGCCACGUCGACUAAUCUGUCCGAAGCCAAACGACUAAGAACCCAAGCCAGCAAAUACGUCGUUAUCGCCGGCCAGCUGUACAAACGCGGUUUCUCUACCCCGUUACUCAAGUGCCUAAACUCCGCCGAGGCUGAUUAUGUGACGAGAGAAGUGCACGAGGGUAUAUGCGGACUGCAUUCAGGAGCGAGGACGACCGUCUCCAAACUCCUACGAGUCGGGUAUUAUUGGCCGACCAUGAACACCGACUGCGCGGCGUUUGUAAAAAGGUGUCAGCCAUGUCAGAGACAUGGCAAUUUGAUUCAUCAACCAGCCGAGCAGCUACAUUGUAUUCCUCUAGCAUGGCCGUUCGCCAUAUGGGGGGCCGACAUACUCGGACCCUUCCCGAUUGCCAAGGGACAAUGCAAGUUCCUCCUCGUUGUCGUGGAUCUAUUCACUAAAUGGAUCGAGGCCGAGCCCUUGGCAUGCAUCUCAGCUCAUCAAGUUCAGAAAUUUCUAUGGAGAAACAUCAUUACCCGUUUCGGUGUCCCACACACCCUGGUGACCGACAACGGCCUUCAAUUCACCGACUGA